AUGUUUCUUCUUAAAAAAGUAGUUUUACCACAUUACAACGCGGUAAAUAUAUCAUCUCAACAUAUACCGCAACCGCCUGAGACUCCAUUGGUGGAAACUAGGAUAGAGGAUGGCAAAUUGUCAUAUGAACGAAGAUGGUUUCACCGUGGUCAACCUGUUUAUGUCGAAGGCAAAGAUCUUAACAGGUUUGCGGCGCAUAUUUCGGCAAUUGGUACUGAAGCGAUCUGGGUGAAAAAGGUUUCAGACAGCAGCAAAGUACGCAUUUACACAUCGCAGCUGAGUCGUGGGAAGAUCUCUAUCAAACGACGGGCCUCUUAAUCAAUUCCUCGAUUAACUCGACAUCCAUUGUCAGAUCUCUGAUAUAUUGCGUUUUUCGUUUCUAAUUUCUAAAGCAGCAUUUUCCCGUGUCAAAUUGACUAUUGUCACAAUGCUGGACUUUUGCCACCAGUGAAACCAUGCUUUUUGAUGAUAUUGUAAUGCCAUGUAAAUCCAGACGAAAAAAGACAAGAUCAGUAACGCCAUCAUUGACAACAGGGAGUAAGUGGUCCAUCGCGCGGGUGGGAAAUUGUCGUAAUUGUUCAUAGCGUAAAAAUCCGCAGCGACUACGCAGAUGUAAGAGCACGCGAUGGUCACAGGAAUGACUACGAGACAUCUGAGUAAAUCGGCUUUCACAUUGCGAGCAUACAUCUGAUGUUCAUCCUGAUUCCGACACAACCAAACCACGAUGGAGCGGAGAACCUUGUAACGAGGUGUUCGUUCUACUUGGAACUCGUAGGCGCACAAUUCGCAACUAUUCCUAUUGCUCUCUUCUAGCCAUCGCUCCAAACAUUUCAAAUGGAUUGCACCCAUUGUUCCCUAAUCCCAGUUGUCAAAUUUGUAAUUAUUGAAACCUUUUUUCUAAAUAUAUGUUUUCUGAUCAGUAAAAUUAAAUAAGUCAUUCCAGAGAUUAAUAUAUAUGUGAUUUAUUAAAAAUAUAAUAAAAGAAAUAUAUAGGAUUAUAUGAUUUUUGAUAUCCUAGAUCUGGAUUCUUAGAUCUCAAAAUUCUUGGAUAUUUGAAUUGU